GAAUCACGCUAUAAAUUUAUUGGAACGCCCAAAUAUGCAGCUCGUGCAACUCAUCAAGGAAGGGUUGUGAAUCGGAAAGAAGAUAUGGAGUCAUGGUACUAUAUGGUUAUCGAACUUUUUGGAACGGAUUACUUGCCUUGGUCUAACGAAGAUAAUCUUGACAAAAUGUACUUCAUGAAAGAAUGCUUCUUCGGUCACAAAUAUGACGACGUAAUAUUUCAUGAGAAAGCUGUUCCUAAAGACCUCGCAAAAAUCAUGCUCCUUAUUAAUAAAAUCGACGGAGCCAAUAGACCACAAUAUGAGGAACAUGAAAAGGUGCUUGAGAAGCUACUUAAGGAUUAUAAAAUUGACUAUCAUGCCCCAUUCGAAUGGGCUGAUGCUAUGGCUAAAUAUUAUCUUGUGGAACAGAAGCAGGAGGAGAAAAAAGCACGGACUAAAAAGACAAAAAAGUAG